AUGAAGGCCACACUCAUCACCCUCGCUGCCACCGGCCUCGUUGUCGCCCAGAACUAUGCCGGCAUGCCCGAGUGCGCCAUCCCCUGCCUUCACGACGCCCUCCCCCAUUCCGGCUGCAAUCCCGCCGACGUUGCCUGUCUCUGCCGCGAGGACACCCAGCGCAGGCUCAUGGGAGCCGUCGCCCCCUGCAUCCUGUCCAGGUGCAACCCCGACGAGGUGGGCCGCGUCCAGUCCUCCGCCGCCGCCGCCUGUGCUCAGGCCGGUGGAGCUCACCCGGGCGCCCCCGGUGUUCCCGGUACACCCGGCUUUCCCGGCGGUCCCGGUGCUCCUGGUGCCCCCGGCUUUCCUGGCGCCCCCGGCUUUCCUGGCGCCCCCGGCUUUCCGGGCGCCCCCGGCGCUCCCCACUCCGACUACCACGGCUCCGACGCCACCUCGGUCCUCUCCGGCAGCACCUACAUCUCGGGCUCCUGGGUCGGCAGCGUGCCCGUCACCGGCGCCCACUCGGACGGCUCCCACCCCUGGUCCACCCAGACCAACCCGGGCCUCAUCCCCACCCCCGGCGCUUCCCACACUUGGGACGACGACGAUGACUCCUCGAGCCUCUGGUCCUCGCCCACGGCUACCUGGUCCUCGCGCAACGGCCUCAUCACCAGCGCCUUUACCACCGGCCCCAAUGGCUCUCUUACCCCCACCGCCACCCAGACCAACGCCUUCGCCUCCACCACCACUUUUGGCUCUCCUAGCGUCACCACCGGUGCUGCCCCUGGAGGCCCUGCCGCUGGUGCCCUGGCUGCCGUCUUAGCCGCUGCCCUGAUCCUGUAA